AUGUCCCUCCCACACACCAAACGCGUCUGUCAGAUUAUCAAGCUCAAGCCUGAGGCAGAGGCAGAGUACAAGGCACUGCACGCCAACGCUUGGCCGGGGGUGCUCGCCGCGCUUGCGCGCGCCCACAUCGCCGACUACUCGAUCCACUUCUUCCCACCGCUACAUCUGCUUGUCGCGACGUUCAAGUAUACUGGGAAUGACUUCGAUGGGGACAUGAAGAAGAUUGGGGAGGACGAGGAGACGCGGAGGUGGUGGGCGCUGACGGACAAAAUGCAGGAGAGCUUCGUGGACGGUGCGACGGGCAGCGGCGGCGAGAAGCCUUGGUGGUUGGGCCUCGAGGAGGUGUUUAGGUUCGAGGGAAGCUAA